CAAAACUUGCUUCCGCCCUCUCACCAAAGCUGCAAAAGCCUCGACUAUCGAUGAGCGGACCGUUUUCCCUCAACCAGCGCCCAAUGUCUCUCGGAGACCACUAGGGAAUUUGCUGACCUUUCUAGCCUGGAUAGCUUGACCUGUUCGCUUCUUGAUAGUAGCGGUUUCGAAUUAAGCUUCCCGCCGUUGCGACUGCGUCGACACUUUGUCUAGCAACUCUUUUUUUAUUUUUUUUAUUUGGGUACGCCAUCUGUGCGUCAAAACCCAUUGUAUCCAAUCGUCAACUUAAAUCGAGAUUUGGGAAGGCGGUCCUGGCACCUGGGACGCAACCGGCACGCUGUACAAAAGGACUCAUAUCACUCGCCCCCUUUCAUCCAAACCUCCCUGCUUCAUUGCAUCGAUACAUCAUCAUCAUCCCAUUCUGAACUCGGCAGGACUCGAAACAUCACCACUUCUUCGCUUCUGCUGAACUCUCCAACCUCCUGACAUCAUAUCAUCACCGAGAGAGCCAAGUUUUCGCCUUCGAUCUUUCUCAUAGAAAGUUGCUCGCUGUGUAGCAGGCAUCUGAAACAGUUUUGCUCUAUUUGUUCCACAUGGAAUAUAGCCCUUCAGCAUCCUCUUAUCGUGUUCGCGGACAAGAAACCGAAAACUACAACACCAUGUCGAUGAUCGCCAUGGCCCAACCUUCCCCUCACUCUGCGUUCAAGCGUGAGUUUGCUUGGGACGAGCACAGACAAGCCGAUUAUGGCUUCAACUCGAGAAGGCCGAGUGAGCCCGAGAGGGUUGCUCUCCCCUCGAUUCGACAGGUAAUUGACCCGGGAAUGUUUAUUCGGUGGUCGUGGUCAGCUAACAAGAGAACCAGAUGAUUCCUGAGCUUUCGAUGCAGUCGAGGCCUUCAGACGCCAACACUAGAGUACCAUCCUCGGUAGCAUCACCUGUUGCAGGAUACCCAGCUGGCGCCAUCACUCCACCUUCCUACACACAUUCACCAAACCAGAACAAGCGCAGGCGGUUGUCGGUCGGGGAAGACAGGGAUGAGCGUGGAAGCCAGAUCCCAAGAGUGUACCCCAGCCCUCAGCGAGAGUAUCACGGAGGCCGGGGAAUGUCGCCCGCCAUCGCUUCCAGGUCCUUGAACGAGACCUGGGCGAGGAGCCCAUCUCGGAGAAGCCCCUACGCCUCGCACCGAAAUCUCCCAUCCAUGAGGGAGUCAGCACCCAUCGAAUCUUCAGACCGAUACAUGAGUCGGCCUACCCUGCCAAGGCUUCCCACCAUGAACUUUGAUCAGCGCUCGGCGACGAUGCCUCGGAUUCGUGGUCCUUCAAGCGAGGAUGAUUAUCCCGACAACUUUCGUCACAUCAUGGGAGGCCACUCUAGCUCCAAUUCCGGGGAGGGCUACCCCUCUCACCACCGAUCUAGCGCCUACUUUGGCUACCACCAUCCCUCGCGCGUUCAGUCGCUCUCAAUGAGCUCUGUUGGGCCUUUCGACCGCACCCCUUUCUCGGCCGGUGGUUACGGCUCGGGCUACCCAGAGUACAUGCGCGUUGGUGAGCUGGGAGGCAUGGGCAUGAACGGCGAGAACAAGCAGCGCAAGCGUCGCGGGAACUUGCCCAAGGAGACGACAGAUAAGCUUCGUGCCUGGUUCGUCGCUCAUUUGCACCACCCAUACCCGACCGAGGAUGAGAAGCAGGAGCUCAUGCGCCAAACGGGCCUCCAAAUGAAUCAAAUCUCCAACUGGUUCAUCAACGCCCGCCGGCGCCAGCUCCCCGUUAUGCUUAAUAACGCGCGCGCCGAAUCGGAUGCCAUGUCCUCGGCGGGCCGCAACGCCGACGGCAAGCUUCUCACUUCUACCGAGCGCGGCGAAUACGACAUGGGCCUUGGAAAGCGGGACAGCCCCAUGAGCGAUGGAGACGGCAGCGCCUACGAGGAUGACCUGGAGAGCCUUAAGCGCCGCCACGCCGUCAGCAUGAGUCGGGGCAGCGUUUAACCGAACACGACGUCAACGGUUCGGCUAGCACCCUAGCACCACCGGUCGCCUAUUUGCCGCGAAAUUGAGAAUGAUCUCAACGGCUUUUUUUGUUUUCUUUGUUCAACGUCUUUUUCUCUUCGACCUUUUGGGCUGGUCUGGACCUUUUGUUUCCGGCCGCGGUUUAUUUUUCAGAUGUAUUUUAUCAAACAACAAGUCCGGCCUUGCGCUUUUUCUUUUUUCUUUUUUUUUUUCUUUUUUUUUUUCUUUUGGUUUUCUUUUUUCCUUUUUUUUUCCCCUUUAAGGGAGGCGUUUAACUGCUGGAAAGCAUGAUGGAUUCUGCCUUACAUUUUUUGUCAUCAGCAUUUUUACCAUUGUCAUUUUCCGGCGUCUCUGUUUAGGCUUUUGGGGUAUCAAGUCGCAGAAAGGAGUUUGACUCGAGGCUGAGAACUUUUUGGUGUUUUUCCCUCAUUGUUGCUUGUAUUUCUAGAGAGAUACCAAACGUUCUCACACACGUUUUUCUCAAGUGUUGAAGAUGGCGAGGGGAGAAGCAAGAUUUUCUGGAAACUUCUUUUACUACUUUUUGGGGAGAAAAAAAGGGUCUAGAAUAUCUAGAAUACAGGCGUUAUUACACGCUUCCAAAGGGGUUUUAUAUAUAGGGUAGAAAGAAGGAGCGCUGCAAAGACGCGGUGGGAGAGAGAGAGAAAGAGAAUACUCAAAAAUUGAAAACAAA